AGCGGGGAUGACGAGGAGUACAGGCGGAUCUACACCACCAAGAUCAAGCCCCGGCUCAAGUCGGACGACGCGACGGACGCGGACGCGGGCGGAACGCAGAGCAGGACCAUCACGGUCACCAGGAAGGUCACGGCCUACACGGUCGACGUGAGCGGCCGCGAAGGAGCCGACGGGAAAACGGGGCCGCCCCAACAGGAAUUCGUCCACGUGGAGCCUGGGAAAACUGGGAUGAGGGUCACCCAGACGACGGACUUGAGCGUGGCCAUCGGAGGGGCCGCUCCCGGCCCAACGGUUGAGUCGGCAUCCAAGAAGCUGGACGUCCACAUGGGAAAGGCCCAGGUGGGAAGACCCGGGAUUUCGGGAAUGCAAGGCCCGGGCGUCCACGUGAGGAGUCCGGAAAUCCACGUUCCAGGCGGGGAAAUAGGAAAAACGGUUACGAUGGAGGUGCCGGGAUUUCACGUUUCCGGUGAGGGCUUCCAGGGCCCGGAGGCUCAUCCGAAUGGUGAUUUUCACGUGAAAGGCCCCAAAGUGGAUGGCAAAAUGCACGUUUCCGGCAUGGACAUCCAAGGAGAGCCGGGAGGAAAGUGGCCUCAAGUGGGUUUUGCUGGUCCCAACGUGUGGGGAGAUAUCAAAGCCCCCGGAGUUGAUGUUUCCCUACCGCCCGUAGGCAGCCCAGACAGCGAGGUGGGAAAAAUCAAGAUUCCUGCCAUGAAAAUGCCCAAAUUUGGGUUCCCCCUUGCGGAUCCUUCCAUGGAGGCUCAAGGAGAGGUGGACAUUGCCGGGCCCAAGGGGCCAACUCUAUCCCUGGAUGCUCCUGCAGCCUCUGUCCGGAUGGCGGGUGCCCAAGUGUCCUCUCCUGGGGUGGAAGGGGUUAAAGUCACCAAGCCCCAGGACGUGGGGCUGGAAGGGGCUGUGAAGAUCCCAUCUCCAGCCCUGGAAGUCCCCAGAGCAGAUAUCCAAGGAGCCAGCAUGGAGCUAACUCCGGGCCUGGACACCCAAGGUGGCCUGGGAAAAGUGAAGAUACCCCAGAUGACCAUGCCCAAAUUUACCGCCUUGGAUGCCCAGGGACAAGGUCCUACCGUGGAGACCGAAACACCGAAAAUAUCCAUGGCUGAUGUAAACCUGAAUCUGAAGGGUGCUCACGUGAAGGGAGAUGCAAGCGUUGGCGGCCCAAGAAUGGAAGGGGACAUCAGAGGACUUGGGUUUGACGCCAAAGGUCCCAAGAUUGACAUUAAGGCGCCUCAUGUUGAACUCGAAUGCGUAGAAGGUUCCCUGAAAGGGCCGGGUAUUUCAAUGCCUUCCAAAAUAUCCGUGCCGGAUGUGGACGUCAACGUGAAGGGACCUCAACUGAAGGGAGAGGUGGAUGUUUCCAGCCCGCAGAUAGGUGGCAACCUGAAAGGACCUCAGAUGGACAUCAAAGGUCCCAAAGUUGGGGUGGACCUGCCUGGUGUAGACAUCAAGGGCCCCAAAGUCACGAUGCCAGAGAUGCACGUCAAGACCCCACAGAUCUCCAUGCCCGACAUCGACUUGAACCUCAAAGGCCCCAAAGUCAAAGCAGACCUGGAUGUUUCUGGCCCCAAAGCACCUGCAUUCGACAUCAAAGGCCCCAAAGUUGAACUUGAAGCACCAGACGUGGAUAUUCACGGCCCAGAUGCUAAACUGAAGAUGCCCAAGCUGAAAAUGCCCAAAUUUGGGGUGCCUGGUCUGAAAGGAGAAGGCCCUGACCUAGACGUGACACUUCCAAAGGGCGAGGUGGAUAUUUCUGGUCCCAAGGUGGACAUUGAAGUGCCAAGUGUGGACAUUGAAGGGCCAGAAGGCAAGUUGAAAGGCCCCAAGGUGAAAAUGCCCGAAAUGCACAUCGGUGCCCCAAAAAUAGCCCUGCCGGAUGUUGACCUGAACCUGAAAGGCCCCAAAGUGAAGGGUGAUGUCGAUGUCUCCGUCCCCAAGGUCGGCGUUGAUAUGAAAGGCCCCGAAUUAGAGCUCAAGGGCCCCAAAGUCGACCUCCAAGCACCAGACUUGGACGUCCAUGGCCCGGAGGGCGGCCUGAAGAUGCCAAAACUGAAAAUGCCCAAGUUUGGCCUCAAAGGAGACGUGCCAGAAGUGGACGUGAAACUUCCCAAGGGAGCUAUUGAGGUCUCGGGUCCAAAGGUGGAGGCUGACGUUGGUUCUUUGGACAUCAAAGGUCCUGAAGGAAAACUCAAGGGCCCCAAAGUCACGAUGCCAGAGAUGCACGUCAAGACCCCACAGAUCUCCAUGCCCGACAUCGACUUGAACCUCAAAGGCCCCAAAGUCAAAGCAGACCUGGAUGUUUCUGGCCCCAAAGCACCUGCAUUCGACAUCAAAGGCCCCAAAGUUGAACUUGAAGCACCAGACGUGGACAUCCAUGGCCCAGAUGCUAAACUGAAGAUGCCCAAGCUGAAAAUGCCCAAAUUUGGGGUGCCCGGCCUGAAAGGAGAAGGCCCUGACCUAGACGUGACGCUUCCAAAGGGCGAGGUGGAUAUUUCUGGUCCCAAGGUGGACAUUGAAGUGCCAAGCGUGGACAUUGAAGGGCCAGAAGGAAAAGCAAAAGGUCUCAAAUUUAAAAUGCCUGAACUGAAUAUUCAGACACCCAAAAUCUCCAUGCCAGACGUAGACCUCAGUUUGAAGGCCCCCAAACUGAAAGGAGAUCUCAAGGGGCCCAAAAUGGAAGUGGAAGGUCCCAAAGUGGAUGUCGAGGUGCCUGAUGUAGACCUGGAAUGUCCAGAAGGGAAAAUUAAAGGCCCCAAAUUUAAAAUGCCAAAACUUAACAUCAAAGCACCUAAAAUAUCCAUGCCCGAUGUCGAUCUGAACCUAAAAGGGCAUAAGGUGAGAGGAGAGAUGGAUGUUACUGUUCCAAGGAUAGAAGGUGACCUGAAGGAGCCAUCUGUUAAUAUCAAGGGUCCAAAAAUAGACAUUGAGGGCCCAGAUGUGGACCUGGAAUGUCCGGAGGCCAAACUAAAAAAGCCUAAAGUGAAGUUGCCCCAUUUCAACGUGUCCGGCCCAAAGUUUGAGGGGGCCGACGUAGAUGUGAAUCUGCCAAAAGGAGAAAUGGAAAUUUCCGGACCAGAGGCAGAACUAGACGUCGAAGGGCCAGAAGGAAAAUGGAAAGGGCCUAAGUUCAGGAUGCCGAAGCUGAACAUUAGAACUCCGAAAAUAUCCAUGCCCGAUGUAGAUUUGAACAUAAAGGGACCUAAAAUUGAAGGUGACUUGAAAGGACCAGAAAUAGAGAUUAAAGGGCCUAAAUUGGAUGUUGAUGCACCUGAUAUUGAGUUGGAGUGCCCGGAAGGCAAAGUGAAAGGCCCCAAAUUCAAGAUGCCCGAAAUGCCCAUCAAGGCACCCAAGAUCUCCAUGCCCGAUGUCGACUUCAACCUGAAGGGCCCCAAGCUCAAGGGGGCCGUGGACGUGUCUCUCCCUAAGGUGGAGGGAGAGCUGAAAGCUCCUGAUUUAGACAUCAAAGGCCCUAAAGUGGAUAUUGAGGCACCUGAUGUGGACAUCCAUGGCCCUGAAGGGAAGUUCAAGAUGCCCAAGUUCAAGAUGCCCGAAAUGCCCAUCAAGGCACCCAAGAUCUCCAUGCCCGAUGUCGACUUCAACCUGAAGGGCCCCAAGCUCAAGGGGGCCGUGGACGUGUCUCUCCCUAAGGUGGAGGGAGAGCUGAAAGCUCCUGAUUUAGACAUCAAAGGCCCUAAAGUGGAUAUUGAGGCACCUGAUGUGGACAUCCAUGGCCCUGAAGGGAAGUUCAAGAUGCCCAAGUUCAAGAUGCCCGAAAUGCCCAUCAAGGCACCCAAGAUCUCCAUGCCCGAUGUCGACUUCAACCUGAAGGGCCCCAAGCUCAAGGGGGCCGUGGACGUGUCUCUCCCUAAGGUGGAGGGAGAGCUGAAAGCUCCUGAUUUAGACAUCAAAGGCCCUAAAGUGGAUAUUGAGGCACCUGAUGUGGACAUCCAUGGCCCUGAAGGGAAGUUCAAGAUGCCCAAGUUCAAGAUGCCCGAAAUGCCCAUCAAGGCACCCAAGAUCUCCAUGCCCGAUGUCGACUUCAACCUGAAGGGCCCCAAGCUCAAGGGGGCCGUGGACGUGUCUCUCCCUAAGGUGGAGGGAGAGCUGAAAGCUCCUGAUUUAGACAUCAAAGGCCCUAAAGUGGAUAUUGAGGCACCUGAUGUGGACAUCCAUGGCCCUGAAGGGAAGUUCAAGAUGCCCAAGUUCAAGAUGCCCGAAAUGCCCAUCAAGGCACCCAAGAUCUCCAUGCCCGAUGUCGACUUCAACCUGAAGGGCCCCAAGCUCAAGGGGGCCGUGGACGUGUCUCUCCCUAAGGUGGAGGGAGAGCUGAAAGCUCCUGAUUUAGACAUCAAAGGCCCUAAAGUGGAUAUUGAGGCACCUGAUGUGGACAUCCAUGGCCCUGAAGGGAAGUUCAAGAUGCCCAAGUUCAAGAUGCCCGAAAUGCCCAUCAAGGCACCCAAGAUCUCCAUGCCCGAUGUCGACUUCAACCUGAAGGGCCCCAAGCUCAAGGGGGCCGUGGACGUGUCUCUCCCUAAGGUGGAGGGAGAGCUGAAAGCUCCUGAUUUAGACAUCAAAGGCCCUAAAGUGGAUAUUGAGGCACCUGAUGUGGACAUCCAUGGCCCUGAAGGGAAGUUCAAGAUGCCCAAGUUCAAGAUGCCCGAAAUGCCCAUCAAGGCACCCAAGAUCUCCAUGCCCGAUGUCGACUUCAACCUGAAGGGCCCCAAGCUCAAGGGGGCCGUGGACGUGUCUCUCCCUAAGGUGGAGGGAGAGCUGAAAGCUCCUGAUUUGGACAUCAAAGGCCCCAAGGUAGACAUCGAGGCACCUGAUGUGGACAUCCAUGGCCCAGAAGGAAAGUUCAAGAUGCCCAAGUUCAAGAUGCCCAAGUUUGGCAUGCCUGGCUUUAAAGCAGAAGGCCCCGAGGUGGAUGUGAACCUCCCCAAAGGAGACCUGGACGUGUCUGGUCCAAAGGUGGAUGUGAACCUCCCAAAGGGAGACCUGGACGUGUCUGGUCCAAAGGUGGACAUUGAGGGUCCAGAACUGGACAUUGAAGGCCCUGAAGGAAAGUUGAAGGGGCCCAAGUUUAAGAUGCCAGAAAUGCAUUUCAACGUCCCGAAAAUCUCCAUGCCGGACAUCGACCUCAACCUAAAAGGGCCCAAAGUAAAGGGAGAAAUGGAUGUGUCUGCACCAAAAAUAGAGGGUGAUUUGAAGGAUGUUGAUUUGCACGUUAAAGGGCCCAAAGUGGAGGUUCCUGACGUGGACCUUGAGUGUCCUGAGGGAAAGAUAAAGGGCCCCAAAUUCAAGAUGCCAGAGAUGCACUUUAAAGCCAAAGUGGAGGUUCCUGACGUGGACCUUGAGUGUCCUGAGGGAAAGAUAAAGGGCCCCAAAUUCAAGAUGCCAGAGAUGCACUUUAAAGCCAAAGUGGAGGUUCCUGACGUGGACCUUGAGUGUCCUGAGGGAAAGAUAAAGGGCCCCAAAUUCAAGAUGCCAGAGAUGCACUUUAAAGCCAAAGUGGAGGUUCCUGACGUGGACCUUGAGUGUCCUGAGGGAAAGAUAAAGGGCCCCAAAUUCAAGAUGCCAGAGAUGCACUUUAAAGCCAAAGUGGAGGUUCCUGACGUGGACCUUGAGUGUCCUGAGGGAAAGAUAAAGGGCCCCAAAUUCAAGAUGCCAGAGAUGCACUUUAAAGCCAAAGUGGAGGUUCCUGACGUGGACCUUGAGUGUCCUGAGGGAAAGAUAAAGGGCCCCAAAUUCAAGAUGCCAGAGAUGCACUUUAAAGCCAAAGUGGAGGUUCCUGACGUGGACCUUGAGUGUCCUGAGGGAAAGAUAAAGGGCCCCAAAUUCAAGAUGCCAGAGAUGCACUUUAAAGCCAAAGUGGAGGUUCCUGACGUGGACCUUGAGUGUCCUGAGGGAAAGAUAAAGGGCCCCAAAUUCAAGAUGCCAGAAAUGCACUUCAAGACACCCAAGAUCUCGAUGCCAGACAUUGACCUCAACCUGAAAGGCCCCAAAAUGAAGGGGGAUGUGGACGUGUCUCUUCCCAAAGUAGAGGGGGGCUUGAAAGGUGCAGACGUGGAUAUCAAAGGCCCAAAGGUGGAUAUUGAGGGUCCAGAACUGGAUAUUGAAGGCCCAGAAGGGAAGCUGAAGGGUCCCAAGUUCAAGAUGCCAGAAAUGCACAUCAAGGCACCCAAGAUCUCCAUGCCCGACGUUGAUUUCAAUCUGAAGGGCCCCAAGCUCAAGGGGGACGUGGACGUGUCUCUCCCUAAAGUGGAAGGAGAACUGAAAGCUCCUGAUUUGGACAUCAAGGGCCCCAAAGUGGACAUUGAGGCACCCGAUGUGGACAUCCAUGGCCCAGAAGGGAAGUUCAAGAUGCCCAAGUUCAAGAUGCCCAAGUUUGGGAUGCCUGAAGGGCCCCAAAUCUCCAUGCCUGACUUUGAUCUGAACCUGAAAGGCCCAAAAGCAAAAGGAGAAAUGGAUGUGUCCGUUCCUGGCUUAGAAGGGAACCUGAAAGGGCCUGAAGUCAAUGUGAAAGGUCCAAAGGUGGACAUAGAGGUUCCCGAUGUGGAGCUGGAAGGUCCAGAAGGAAAGGUAAAGGGGCCCAAAUUUAAGAUGCCAGAAAUGCACUUCAAGACACCCAAGAUCUCGAUGCCAGACAUCGACCUCAACCUGAAAGGCCCCAAAAUGAAGGGGGACGUGGACGUGUCUCUUCCCAAAGUAGAAGGGGACUUGAAGGGCCCAGAAAUGGACAUCAAAGGCCCCAAAUUGAACGUUGACCUGCCUGAAACUGAGCUGGAAGGCCCUGAAGGGAAGCUGAAGGGUCCCAAGUUCAAGAUGCCCGAAAUGCCCAUCAAGGCACCCAAGAUCUCCAUGCCUGAUGUCGACUUCAACCUGAAGGGCCCUAAGCUCAAGGGGGACGUGGACGUGUCUCUCCCUAAAGUGGAAGGAGAGCUGAAAGCUCCUGAUGUGGACAUCCAUGGCCCAGAAGGGAAGUUGAAGGGUCCCAAGUUCAAGAUGCCCGAAAUGCCCAUCAAGGCACCCAAGAUCUCCAUGCCUGAUGUCGACUUCAACCUGAAGGGCCCUAAGCUCAAGGGGGACGUGGACGUGUCUCUCCCUAAAGUGGAAGGAGAGCUGAAAGCUCCUGAUGUGGACAUCCAUGGCCCAGAAGGGAAGUUGAAGGGUCCCAAGUUCAAGAUGCCCGAAAUGCCCAUCAAGGCACCCAAGAUCUCCAUGCCUGAUGUCGACUUCAACCUGAAGGGCCCUAAGCUCAAGGGGGACGUGGACGUGUCUCUCCCUAAAGUGGAAGGAGAGCUGAAAGCUCCUGAUGUGGACAUCCAUGGCCCAGAAGGGAAGUUGAAGGGUCCCAAGUUCAAGAUGCCCGAAAUGCCCAUCAAGGCACCCAAGAUCUCCAUGCCUGAUGUCGACUUCAACCUGAAGGGCCCUAAGCUCAAGGGGGACGUGGACGUGUCUCUCCCUAAAGUGGAAGGAGAGCUGAAAGCUCCUGAUGUGGACAUCCAUGGCCCAGAAGGGAAGUUGAAGGGUCCCAAGUUCAAGAUGCCCGAAAUGCCCAUCAAGGCACCCAAGAUCUCCAUGCCUGAUGUCGACUUCAACCUGAAGGGCCCUAAGCUCAAGGGGGACGUGGACGUGUCUCUCCCUAAAGUGGAAGGAGAGCUGAAAGCUCCUGAUGUGGACAUCCAUGGCCCAGAAGGGAAGUUGAAGGGUCCCAAGUUCAAGAUGCCCGAAAUGCCCAUCAAGGCACCCAAGAUCUCCAUGCCUGAUGUCGACUUCAACCUGAAGGGCCCUAAGCUCAAGGGGGACGUGGACGUGUCUCUCCCUAAAGUGGAAGGAGAGCUGAAAGCUCCUGAUGUGGACAUCCAUGGCCCAGAAGGGAAGUUGAAGGGUCCCAAGUUCAAGAUGCCCGAAAUGCCCAUCAAGGCACCCAAGAUCUCCAUGCCUGAUGUCGACUUCAACCUGAAGGGCCCUAAGCUCAAGGGGGACGUGGACGUGUCUCUCCCUAAAGUGGAAGGAGAGCUGAAAGCUCCUGAUGUGGACAUCCAUGGCCCAGAAGGGAAGUUGAAGGGUCCCAAGUUCAAGAUGCCCGAAAUGCCCAUCAAGGCACCCAAGAUCUCCAUGCCUGAUGUCGACUUCAACCUGAAGGGCCCUAAGCUCAAGGGGGACGUGGACGUGUCUCUCCCUAAAGUGGAAGGAGAGCUGAAAGCUCCUGAUGUGGACAUCCAUGGCCCAGAAGGGAAGUUGAAGGGUCCCAAGUUCAAGAUGCCCGAAAUGCCCAUCAAGGCACCCAAGAUCUCCAUGCCUGAUGUCGACUUCAACCUGAAGGGCCCUAAGCUCAAGGGGGACGUGGACGUGUCUCUCCCUAAAGUGGAAGGAGAGCUGAAAGCUCCUGAUGUGGACAUCCAUGGCCCAGAAGGGAAGUUGAAGGGUCCCAAGUUCAAGAUGCCCGAAAUGCCCAUCAAGGCACCCAAGAUCUCCAUGCCUGAUGUCGACUUCAACCUGAAGGGCCCUAAGCUCAAGGGGGACGUGGACGUGUCUCUCCCUAAAGUGGAAGGAGAGCUGAAAGCUCCUGAUGUGGACAUCAAGGGCCCCAAGGUGGACAUUGAGGCGCCCGACGUGGAUAUUCAUGGACCGGAGGGGAAGCUCAAAAUGCCCAAGUUCAAAAUGCCCAAAUUCGGCAUGUCGGGAUUGAAAGCCGAGGGGCCGGAGUUGGAUCUUCAUGUCCCAAAAGGGGACCUUGACGUUUCGGGUCCCAAGCUGGCUGUGGAAGGUCCCGAUUUGGACAUCGAAGGGCCAGAGGGGAAGCUCAAGGGGCCCCACAUCAAGAUGCCAGAAAUGCACAUCAAGACCCCCAAGAUCUCCAUGCCCGACGUUGACCUGCGCCUCAAAGGCCCCAAAAUCAAGGGCAACGUGGACGUGCCCCACCUGGAAGGGUCCCUGAAGGGACCCGAAUUGGACAUAAAAGGACCAAAAGUGGACGUGGAAGGUCCCGACCUGGACAUCGAAGGCCCUGAAGGAAAAGUGAAGGGUCCCAAGCUGAAGAUGCCCGAUCUGAACAUCAAGGCUCCCCAUAUUUCCAUGCCGGAUUUCGAUCUGAAUUUGAAAGGCCCCAAGCUGAAAGGAGGGCUGGAUGCGGAUAUUUCGGUGCCCAAAAUGGAAGGGGACUUGAGUGGGCCAGAAGUUACCAUCAAGGGGCCAAAGGUGGACAUCGACGCUCCUGAGCUGGACGUGGAAGGGCCAGAAGGGAAAUGGAAAGGUCCCAAGUUCAAAAUGCCGGAGAUGCACAUAAAAGCGCCCAAAAUUUCCAUGCCCGAUAUCGACUUGAACCUUAAAGGUCCUAAACUGAAAGGAGACGUAGAUGUUUCUGCCCCAAAGCUGGAAGGGGAUUUAAAGGCUCCUGACAUCAGUAUUGGUGGCCCCAAGGUGGACAUUGAGGCACCUGACGUGGAUAUUCAUGGCCCAGAAGGGAAGUUCAAGAUGCCCAAGUUCAAGAUGCCCAAGUUUGGGAUGCCGGGAAUGAAGGUAGAAGGUCCCGAGGUGGAUGUGAACCUCCCAAAGGGAGACCUGGACGUGUCUGGUCCAAAGGUGGACAUUGAGGGUCCAGAGCUGGACAUUGAAGGCCCAGAAGGGAAGUUGAAGGGUCCCAAGUUCAAGAUGCCCGAGAUGCACUUCAAGACCCCCAAGAUCUCCAUGCCCGACAUUGAUUUGAACCUGAAAGGCCCAAAAGUGAAGGCAGAGGUGGAUGUGCCGAAAGUGGAAGGGGAUUUGAAAGGUCCCGAGGUGGAAAUAAAAGGCCCUGAGGUCGACAUCGAUGUUCCCAACGUGGACAUCGAAGGGCCCGAAGGGAAAUGGAAAGGCCCCAAGUUGAAGAUGCCGGAGAUGCAUUUUAAGGCUCCGAAAAUUUCCAUGCCGGACUUCGACGUGAACCUAAAAGGCCCGAAAGUGAAGGGGGACGUGGACGUGUCCAUGCCGGCCGUGGAAGGUGACCUGAAAGCACCGCAAGUUGAUAUCAAGGGCCCUGGGUUGGAUAUCGGGGCCCCAGAUGUCAAUAUCGAGGGCCCCGAGGGAAAGAUGAAGGGCCCCAAAUUCAAGAUGCCAGAGAUGCACUUUAAAGCCCCCAAAAUCUCCAUGCCGGACUUCGAUCUCAACCUCAAAGGCCCCAAAGUGAAGGGCGACGUGGACAUUUCCGUUCCUAAACUAGAAGGCGAGUUGAAAGGCCCCGAGGUGGAUAUCAAAGGCCCCAAAGUGGAUAUCGACGUUCCCGACGUCGAGCUGGAAGGUCCCGAGGGAAAAGUGAAGGGCCCCAAGUUCAAGAUGCCCGAAAUGCACUUCAAGACCCCAAAGAUCUCCAUGCCGGACAUUGACUUGAACCUCAGAGGCCCCAAGGUGAAGGGGGACGUGGAUAUUUCUGCUCCCAAACUAGAGGGGAACUUGAAAGCUCCAGACGUGGAUAUCAAAGGCCCAAAGGUGGAUAUUGAAGCUCCUGAUGUUGAUAUUGAGGUGCCAGAGGGGAAGUUGAAGGGCCCCAAGUUUAAGAUGCCUGAGAUGCAUUUCAAGGCUCCUAAGAUCUCCAUGCCUGACUUUGAUCUGAACCUGAAAGGCCCAAAAGCAAAAGGAGAAAUGGAUGUGUCCGUUCCUGGCUUAGAAGGGAACCUGAAAGGGCCUGAAGUCAAUGUGAAAGGUCCAAAGGUGGACAUAGAGGUUCCCGAUGUGGAGCUGGAAGGUCCAGAAGGAAAGGUAAAGGGGCCCAAAUUUAAGAUGCCAGAAAUGCACUUCAAGACACCCAAGAUCUCGAUGCCAGACAUUGACCUCAACCUGAAAGGCCCCAAAAUGAAGGGGGAUGUGGACGUGUCUCUUCCCAAAGUAGAGGGGGGCUUGAAAGGUGCAGACGUGGAUAUCAAAGGCCCAAAGGUGGAUAUUGAGGGUCCAGAACUGGAAGGGAAGCUGAAGGGUCCCAAGUUUAAGAUGCCAGAAAUGCACAUCAAGGCACCCAAGAUCUCCAUGCCCGACGUUGACUUCAACUUGAAGGGCCCCAAGCUCAAGGGGGACGUGGAUCUUUCUGCCCCUGAUCUGGAAGGCCCUAAAGUCGAGAUCGAGGGCCCCAACGUGGACAUCGAAGGCCCUGAGGGAAAGCUGAAAGGUCCCAAGUUUAAGAUGCCCGAAAUGCACUUUAAAGCCCCCAAAAUCUCCAUGCCCGACUUUGAUCUCAACCUGAAGGGCCCCAAAGUGAAAGGGGACCUGGACGUGUCGGCGCCAGGGGUGGCCUGUGAGCUCCAAGGCCCAGAAGUCGACAUCGGAGGUCCUAAAGUCGAGGUCGAUGUCCCCAAUGUGGAUAUCGAAGGCCCGGAGGGGAAAUUCAAGCUGCCCAAGUUCAAGAUGCCCAAAUUUUCCAUGCCCGGCUUCAAAGGGGAGGGCCCGGACGUGAACGUGAACCUGCCCAAGGGCGACCUGGACAUUUCCGGCCCCAGCGUCGACGUAGAGGCUCCCGAGUUGAAUGUGGAAGGAAAACUGAAAGGGCCCAAAUUGAAGAUGCCUGAAUUGCACAUGAAGACCCCCAAGAUCUCCCUGCCCGACGUCGACCUCAACGUGAAGGGGCCUCAGCUAAAAGGAGACGUGGACAUUUCUGGUCCUGCCUUGGAAGGAGACUUGAAAGCCCCCAAAAUUGACGUGAAAGGCCCCAAAGUGGACAUUGAUGCUCCCGACGUGAACAUCGAGGGGAAUCUCAAAGGCCCCAAGUUCAAGAUGCCAGAAAUGCACAUCAAGGCACCCAAGAUCUCCAUGCCUGACGUUGACUUCAACCUGAAGGGCCCCAAGCUCAAGGGGGACGUGGACGUUUCUCUCCCUAAAGUGGAGGGAGAGCUGAAAGCUCCUGAUUUGGACAUCAAGGGCCCCAAAAUGGACAUUGAGGCACCCGAUGUGGAUCUUCAUGGCCCUGAAGGGAAGUUCAAGAUGCCCAAGUUCAAGAUGCCCAAGUUUGGGAUGCCGGGAAUGAAGGUGGAAGGUCCUGAGGUGGAUGUGAAUGUUCCUAAAGGAGACCUGGAGCUUUCUGGUCCAAAGGUGGACAUUGAGGGUCCAGAACUGGACAUAGAAGGCCCAGAAGGGAAGCUGAAGGGUCCCAAGUUCAAGAUGCCCGAAAUGCACAUCAAGGCACCCAAGAUCUCCAUGCCCGACGUUGACUUCAACCUGAAGGGCCCCAAGUUGGAAGGGGAUUUGCAAUGUCCGGACAUCGACAUCAAAGGCCCCAAAUUGGAUAUUGAGGCACCUGCCCUCAACAUCGAAGGGCCGGAGGGCAAAAUGAAAGGGCCCAAGUUCAAGAUGCCGGAGCUGCACGUCAAGACCCCCCAGAUCUCCAUGCCCGACAUCGACCUCAACCUAAAGGGCCCAAAGCUGAAGGGCAACGUGGACGUCCCGUGCCCAAAACUCGAGGCAGACCUGAAAGCUCCCGAAAUCGAUGUGAAAGGCCCCAAAAUAGACAUCGAGGGCCCAGACGUGGACGUGCACGGGCCGGAGGGCAAACUGAAAAUGCCCAAAAUGAAACUGCCGAAAUUUGGCAUGCCUGGGUUUAAAGGAGAAGGCCCCGAGGUGGACGUGAACCUGCCGAAGGCUGAGGUUGAACUUGCAGGGCCCAAGGUCGAUAUCAGCGUCCCGGACGUGAGCGUGGAAGGGCCGGAAGGAAAAGUGAAAGGUCCGAAACUGAAGAUGCCCGAAAUGCACGUGAACGUGCCCAAAAUCUCCAUGCCCGAAAUCGACUUGAAUUUGAAAGGCCAUAAGGCCAAGGGAGGCUUCGACGUCACCUCCCCGAAGGCUGAAGGUCACCUGAAGGGGCCUGAAGUCGGUAUCAGCGUCCCGGAAUUUGGGGUGAAAGGCCCCGAAGUCGACGUUGAAGGUCCCGACAUCAACGUCGAGGGCCUGGAGGCCAAUGUCAAAAUGCCCAAGCUCAAGAAACCCAAGUUUGGGUUUGGAGUGAAAAGCCCCAAGGCCGAAAUCAAGGGACCGGGGGUGGAAGUGGAUUUCCCAGAGGCCGACGUGAACGUGGAGCCUCCCGACGUCAGCGUUUCCGGCAAAGGCAAGAAGAGCAAGUUCAAGAUGCCCAAACUCCACAUGAGCGGCCCCAAAGUCAAGGGGAAGAAGGGGGCGUUCGACGUGAACGUCGCCGGCGGAGACCUCGACGCCAACGUGAAGGCUCCGGAGCUGGACGCGAGCGUCGCCGCUCCCGACGUGACCAUGAAGGGCGACGUCAAGUCCCCCAAGGGGAAGAAGCCCAUGUUUGGGAAGAUCUCCUUCCCGGACGUCGAGUUUGACCUGAAAUCGCCCAGAUUCCGGGGGGAUGCGUCCGCGGCGGUCCCAAAAAGCGAAGGGGAGCUUCAAACGCCGGAAGUCAAAGGACCCACCAUUGACGUGGCCAUCCCCGAUGUUGACCUAAGCGUGAAAGGACCAAAAGGAAAAGGCGCCGUCGGCGUUCCCGGAGUAGAACUGGAAGGUCCGGAAGGAAAGCUCAAAUUCCCCAAGGUCUCCUUGCCCAAAAUGGGGAAAACGGGUGUCGCUUUGGAAGGACCCAACGCCAACUUGGACAUCUCGGCCCCAGCAGUGGAAGGAAGCGUGAAGAUCCCUCCGGUUGACGUCAACCUCGGCUCGGUUGAGGCCAAGCUGAAAGGCCCCAAGGUCUCGCUGCCCGAUUUGGAGGCCAACCUGAAAAGACCGAAACUAAAGGGAGAUUUGGAUGUUUCGGGCUCUGUGGAAGGGCCGACGAUCGGCCUGGAAGCGCCGGACGUUGAUAUCGGAGGGAAGGUCAAAAUGCCGACGUUGAAACCGCCCAACGUGGAGGGCCCCGACCUGAGCGUGAAAGGAGGCUCCAUCCCGCACGUUGGGGUAGACGUGAAAGCCCCAGGCGCCAACGUGGAUCUCGGCGUCGCUCUCAAAGGGCCCUCGGUGGACGUCUCCGCUCCGGACUUCGACAUCAACCUGAAAGGACCAAAAGUGAAGGGAGAUCUGGACGUUUCCGCCGGCGUCAAGUCCCCCAAGGCCUCGGUGGAGGCCCCAGAUGCCACCUUGGAGGUGCUGGGGGGCACGAUCAAGCUCCCGUCCCUCAAACUGCCCCAAUUCGGCAUGUCCGGCCCCGGCGUUGACGGAUCCGACCUGAGCGUCGCUCUGGAAGGCCCCAAAGGAGGCCUGAAAGGGCCCGGAGUCGCCGUCGGCUUGGGAGGCUCCGACGCGGAAUGGAAAGGGCCGACGAUCCAAGCGCAGGCGCCCGGCGUCUCCUUGAACGACGUCGACGUGAGGUUGAAAGGACCAAGUCUCCGGGCCGAGGGGGACAUCCGAGGCCUCCAAACGGGGCUGGAAGCGCCCGGGAUGGACGCGAAGGCGCCCGGAGCGAGCGGCCGCCUGGAGGCCGACCUCAACCUGAGCCUCCAAGGGCCCAAGAUCAAGGGCGGCGACGUGGCGGCCCCGUCAUGGAGUCCCGGCGCGUCCCAAGGGAGCCUGGAAUGCGGCCUGGGCAAAGUCUCCUUCCCCAAGCUGCGGAUGCCGAAAUUCGCCUUUUCCGAGGCCGACGGGAAGGGCCGGGAAGUGGGGGUGGACGUGGACUUCCCGCCGGGCGCCGCGGAGCCGGAGCCGGACGACGCGGAGGCGCCGCACAAGAAAUCCAAGCUCAAGAUGCCCAAAUUCGGCUUUUCCAAGCAGAAGGGCAAAGGGGGCGGCGCCGCUCCGGCCUCUCCGGAGGCCUCCGGCUCCAAGGGCGACCUCAAGAGCUCCAAGGGGAGCCUGGGCUCCGCCGAGGGCGACCUGGACGGCGCCAAGGCCAAGUUCUCCCUGUUCAAGGGCCGCAAGGGCCGGCACCGCUCGUCCUCCUUCAGCGACGACCACUCGGCCUCCGCUCCGGACCUCGACGCCGGGAAGGCUCCGAAGAUGAAAUUCGGGACGUUCGGCGGCAUCGGCGCCAAGACCAAGGGCUCCUACGAGGUGACGGGCAGCGACGAGGAGGCCCCGGCCAAGGGAGGCCCCAAGAAGUCCCGCUUGUCCUCGUCCUCCAGCAACGACAGCGGCUCCAAGGGCGGCCUCCGCCUGCCCUCCGUGGAGCUCACGGUGGCCAAGAAGAAGGAGUAG